AGAAGCAAUGGCUGUUCUAAAUUUCUAAUGCAGUUGCAACAAAUGUACACCUAAACCCAUAAAGAAAGUGAGUUUUUUUUUUCCCAGUCUGUUUGAAAUUUGAAGCAGCCAAAACCCUCCACUCUCACUUUCUCAUAUUCUUUCUUUUGGGAAAAGACUUGUUUUACAGAACCAGCCUUUUUCCAGGUAGAUUUCUCUUGGAGAGAUUCUCAGCCUCAUUGUCUCUGAGUCACUUGCUUUUCUUGCCAUCUUUGUGAUAUUUCCCUAUAUAUACAUGUAUUUUAUUGUUUCAGUCUUUCAGAUCUGAUUACUGUUUGCUCAUUUGCUCAAGAAAGGCCAUUUUUUGAAGUACCAUUCUUGGUGGGUUUUGUUAAUAUUGUAUGUUUGUAUGCUUUAAGGUAAUUUUCAUGCCCUUUCCUUCAAUUUGAGAUCUCUUCAAGCUAUUGAUUGACAUUUGGCAAUACAUAUUCAUUUCUAUUGGGUAUACUGAGAGAGAGAGAGAGGAGGAAAAGAUUUUAGGGUUUUCAGUUUGGGAUUUUCUUGAGUUACUGAUUUUGAAGCUGCACUUGAAAUCUUUUGAUUGGUGAAGGAAAUAAGAAAGGGGGUAAGAGGGGAGAGGGGAGUCAUAGCUAGGCUCUUAGUUCUGGUUAGAAAUGGAAGUCCAGGGCUUGGGGCUCUUGGGCCUAGUUAUUUUGUUGAUGAUUCUUGGUUUUGCCAAGAAUGGGGAAGCUCAGGGAAAACCAUAUUUGAUAAAUUGUGGCACAAAUUCCAGUUUAAUUGUUGAUGGUAACAAAUGGCUGGGUGAUUUAGCCCCUGGAAACAAUGUAACUCUCAGUUCUCCUGGUAUUGAGGCCUCCACUGCCUCGAUCAAUGGCGAUCUGGAUUACGCCGAGCUCUACAGAACUGCCAGAUUCUUUUCUGAGAGCCUGAACUACACGGUCCAAGGAGUUGCGGGGAAUGUUUUCCUUAGACUCCAUUUCUGCCCCUUUGCGUUCGAGAACUACAAUGUGAACGAGUCUUACUUUUCUGUUGAGGCGAACGGGUUGAAAUUAGUCUCCAAGUUCAAUGUUCCCGGUGAAAUUCUGCAGAAGAAUUCGUACAUUUCAGGGAGCAAUUCUAGCUUUGUGUCGUUAGUAAAGGAGUAUUUCGUUGCUGUUGAAACGAAUGUCGUUGUCGUUGACUUCAUCCCGGAGAAAGGGUCCUUUGGCUUUGUCAAUGCCAUCGAGAUCAUCCCUGUCGUUGAUAAGUUUUUCGUUGACUCUGUUAGCAAAGUGGGCGGGAACGGUGCCAAAGUUUCUUUGAGUUUGAGCAAGCGAGGGGUCGAGACUAUGUACCGAUUGAACGUCGGUGGUUCGACGAUCAAGCCUCGUCAAGAUUCAGAGUUUAGGAGGAUGUGGGAAGACGAUUCGAGCUAUAUGAUCAACCCGGAUGCUGGAUCAGAAGCCAGAAACAAAUCGAAUGUUACUUAUGCCUCCCCAAAUGACACGUCCAUAGCUCCCCUUCUUGUCUAUGAAAUCGCAAGAACUCUGACCAACACGGAAGUCAUGGAGAACCGGUUCAAUAUGUCGUGGAAAUUGGAAGUGGAUCCCGAUUUCGAUUAUUUGAUCCGUUUACAUUACUGCGAGCUAGAAUAUGGUAAACCGAGUCAGCGUUUCUUCAAAGUCUACAUAAACAAUAAAACGGCAGCAGACAAUGUUGAUAUUUUCGUACGAGCAGGAGGAAUGAACAAGGCGUACCAUGAGGAUUACUUCGAUGUGAUGCCCUCGAAAAGCAAGAGCCUUUGGGUACAAUUGGGUCCCGACACAUCAACUGGUUCCCCUGGUACAGAUCCUAUAUUGAAUGGGUUGGAGAUAUUUAAGCUGAGUCGCAAUAACAAUCUUGCUUAUAUACAGGACUAUGGGGAUCUUGAAGGCAAACGAAAGUCCAAAACCAUGAUCCUUUGGUUAGGAAUUGGAGCGGGGAUUGCAUCCAUUUUGGUUCUCACGGGUCUAGCUAUGUUGGUUAUUUGUCUGUGUAAAAAGCAGAGAAGCGAAGAAGGAGAUACCAAGAAGAGUUCUCCGGGAUGGCGUCCUUUAUUCCUUCAUGGAUCUAUAGUGGGUAGCAAUGCUAAUGUGAAGGGAUCAACCGGAAACCAAAACCCUAACUGGUCUCUUGGUACCAUAAGAACGGGAAGGCGGUUCACGCUAGCAGAUAUCAAAGCAGCAACAAACAACUUCGACGAGAGUUUGGUGAUCGGAGUGGGUGGAUUUGGUAAGGUAUACCGAGGAGAUAUUGAUGAUGGUAUCUUAGCAGCAAUUAAGCGAUCCAACCCACAAUCUCAGCAAGGUCUAACAGAAUUCGAGACCGAGAUUGAACUGCUUUCAAAGCUAAGGCAUCGGCACUUGGUAUCCUUGAUAGGGUUCUGUGAUGACCAGAACGAAAUGAUAUUGGUGUACGAGUAUAUGGCCAACGGGACUCUCAGGAGUCAUCUGUUUGGGAGUGACCUACCGCCGCUAAGUUGGAAACAAAGACUCGAGAUUUGCAUCGGUGCUGCUCGGGGGCUGCAUUAUCUCCACACGGGAUCAGAGCGUGGCAUCAUUCACAGGGAUAUAAAGACAACCAACAUACUAUUAGAUGAGAACUUCGUAGCGAAAAUGGCAGAUUUUGGGUUGUCCAAAAGAGGUCCUUCUUUGGAGCAUACACAUGUGAGCACGGCAGUGAAAGGAAGCUUCGGGUACCUUGAUCCCGAGUACUUCAGGCGGCAGCAACUGACAGAAAAAUCCGAUGUUUACUCAUUCGGUGUCGUGUUAUUUGAAGUCGCUUGUGCAAGAGCUGUGAUCAAUCCAAGCUUGCCCAAAGAUCAGAUUAAUCUCGCAGAAUGGGCAAUGCGGUGGCAAAGGCAAAGAUCACUAGAAACUAUUAUCGACCCACAACUCAAGGGGAAAUAUUCUCCGGAGUCAUUGGUGAUGUUUGGUGAGAUUGCUGAGAAAUGCCUUGCCGACGAGGGGAAGGCCAGACCAACAAUGGGAGAAGUUCUAUGGCACUUGGAGUAUGUCCUACAAAAUCACGAGGCUUGGCUGCAAUCUAACGAUGGGGGAGACUCGGUCAUCGAUGUUCGUGAUCCAGAGACCUUAGAAGAGAAAGAACCUGAGAACAGCAAGGAUAGUUGUUUGGAAGAAAACAAUUAGGAUGGUUUUUGGAGCCAACGAAUCAGCAAGCUUGACAUCGGAAAGGUUGAGAGGGUAUGUUUGUUUUAGUGAAAGCAUCUUCGCACUGCUUAAAUUAUUCCUAGUUUAGUUAUUGUGCUCAGCUCUUCAAUUCUUUCAUUCUUUUAUGUACUUUAUGGUUUUGGGAGGAAUGAUUGUUAGAUUGGUUUUAUUUGAUUGUCUUGUAGCUUAAAAAUCUCUGAAAUGUCAUUGUGUUAAGUAUUUUGUGGCUUGCUAUACUUGUAGUGCAUUUGAACAUCCA